GGCGCGGGCGGCACCGCCAAGCGCAGAAUCAGCCGCUCCCACAGCCGGCCCCGCCCCUCUGGAAGGGGGCGGGCCGCUCAUAGUCACGUGACGGCGCCAUCCGGGUCCUUUGCCUUCUCUGCCUCUUCCCAACAUGGCGGCCUCAGCAAAGAAGAAGAACAAGAAGGGCAAGACCCUGACUCUGACGGACUUCCUGGCGGAGGACGGCGGCGGCGGCGGGGGCCCGACCUACAUCCCCAAGCCCGUCAGCUGGGCCGACGAGACAGACGACCUGGAAGGAGACGUCUCCACCACUUGGCACAGUAACGAUGACGACGUGUACCGGGCCCCUCCGAUCGACCGCUCCCUGCUGCCCACCGCCCCGCGGGCCGCGCGGGAGCCCAACAUCGACAGAAGCCGCCUCCCGAAAUCACCGCCCUACACCGCCUUCCUGGGAAACCUGCCCUACGACGUGACGGAGGAAUCCAUCAAGGAUUUCUUCAGGGGGCUCAACAUCAGCGCUGUGCGGCUGCCGCGGGAGCCCACCAACCCCGAGAGGUUGAAAGGUUUUGGUUACGCCGAGUUCGAAGACAUCGACUCCUUGUUCCAGGCGCUGAGCCUCAAUGAAGAGUCUCUAGGGAACAGAAGGAUACGAGUGGAUGUUGCUGAUCAAGCUCAGGAUAAAGAUCGCGACGAUCGCUGCUUUGGCAGAGAUCGGGAUCGCUUCCGCGACUCGGAGAGGUUCGAGAGCGACUGGAGGGCCCGUCCCGCCGCCAGCGACAGCUUCGACGAUUACCCGCCCCGCAGAGGCGACGACAGCUUCGGGGACAGGUAUCGGGACCGCUACGACGAUCGGUAUCGCGAUGGCCCGCGGAGGGACAUGGACCGCGGCUUCGGGGGCAGGGACCGCUACGAUGACCGCAGCAGGGACUACGACCGAGGCUACGACUCCAGGAUAGGCAGCGGCAGGAGGGCGUUCGGCAGCGGCUACCGCCGGGACGACGACUACCGGGGCUGCGGCGACCGCUACGACGACCGCUACGACCGGCGGGACGACCGCAUGGAUCGCUGGAACUCCCGGGACGACUACGGCCGGGACGAUUUCCGCCGCGAGGACAGAGGUCCCACGCAGAGGCCGAAGCUGAACCUGAAGCCCCGGAGCGCUCCCAAGGAGGAGGAGGCCGCGGUGGCCCCCGCCGCCCAGUCCAGCCGCGCCGCCUCCAUCUUCGGGGGGGCCAAACCGGUGGACACGGCCGCCCGGGAGCGCGAGGUGGAGGAGCGGCUACAGAAGGAGCAGGAGAAGCUGCAGCGGCAGCUGGAGGACGAUAAGAGGAUAGAAAGACGGCCCCGAGAGAGGCAUCCCAGCUGGCGCAGCGAGGAGAACCAGGAGCGGUCGCGGACGGGGAGCGAGUCCUCGCAGACCGGCAACUCGGGCCCCCCCGGCACCUCCGUGGGAACCGGCCCCACGGGCAGGACCACGCGAAGGCGGGAGAGCGAGAAGUCCCUGGAGAGCGAGCCGCUGGCCAAGGAGGACGACGCUCCGUCCCCCAAGGCCAAGGAGGAGAAGCAGCCGCUGAAGGUGAUGCCUGCGCCCCCCCCCAAGGAGAACGCCUGGGUGAAGCGCAGCAGCAACCCCCCCGCCCGCUCCCAGAGCUCGGAUUCGGAGCAGCACUCGCCCACCAGCAACCAGACAGCACCGAGCCCCCCCUUGGAAGACGGGACCCCCCCCAAGGGCACCCACAGGAGAGGAGAUGAGAACAAGCCGGACGGGGGACGGGACGGCGGCUCCAAGGCCCGAAGCGUCAGCUCCAACCGCGGCCCUGGGGAUUCCGAUCGGAAGGAGAGCAGGAAGGAUCACGACUCGCGACCUGCGCCUGAGCCAAAGAAACUGGAGGAGAACCCCCCCUCCUUCAGCCACGCCAGCAAAUACGCGGCGCUCUCGGUGGACGGCGAGGACGACGGUGACGAUGAAGAGUGCGCCGAGUGACCCCCCGCGCCCCCCGCCCGCCGCAGGAUUGAAAUGCAAACCCACCAAAUGCUCUAUGGAGACGAGACGGAAAUAAACGUGACCCCCCCCCCCGGACCCUGUCGCUUCUUAAAAUGAAACGCGAAGUGCCCCAAGUGAGGAAAGCGGCGCGUUCCGGGGGGACCCCGGGCGGCUGGGGGGGCGCACCCCCGACCCCCCAAAGGGGAGGAAUUGGGCAACUUGACCCUCAGUGAAUGCCCCCCCUCCCCCCCCGAGGUAGGGCUGCGACCGGGGGGCUGGAUUUUGGGGGUUCUGCUGGGGUGUCGGACGUGGGCUCUGGACCCCGCCCAGUCCGUCCCUGGGAGGUACCGGCCCCCCUGGCCCCUCCUCCUCCCCCGCUCAGGGGUGCCCCCCCUCACCCCCCGCCCCCCCCUUUUCCAGGUACAGCGCCCCAGACUCCCAGAGCAGGAGUUGUGCCCCCCGUUGUGCCCCCCAUGAAAUACUCCCAGUUUUUCCUCUUUUAGCCGAAUUUCGCCGUCACCAGCUCGCCGGGACGGCACCGUCACGCUGACACUCGCACGGCGGGGGGGCCCUAAACCCCCCCCUUUUCCCUUUAAUUUGGGGAGGAAAGGGGGGGACACCUGCUCUGCCCCCCCAGCACCUCCCAGUGAGGUUGGGCUCGUUUUAGCUGGUUGGAGGUGAAGGGGACACGGGGGACACGAGGGGCCAGUGCCCCCCCCGGGGCUGGCUCCCCCCAGGGAAACCUGUAAAAAUGUGUACAAAAUAAUCUAUGAACAUUCUUUGUAACCGGGGGGUCCCGGCCGCGGCCCUGACUCUGCGACCCCCCCCCGGCUCAUUUCUUCUGUUGUUUCCUCCAAUAAAAGAAUCUAAAACACC